UCCAACACGGCCACGUUCACCGGCGACCUGACGUACUACGCGCCGGGCCUGGGGGCGUGCGGCGUCACGUCCUCCUCCGAGGACGACAUCGUCUCCGUGAGCCACAUCGUCUUCGACGCCGCAAGCACGGGCAGCAAUCCCAAUGCGAACCCGCUAUGUGGGAGGAAGAUCCGGAUCCAGAGGGACGGCAGCGAGGGCAAGAAGAGGGCGAACAGCAGUGUGGAUGUCACGGUCGUGGACCGGUGCACCGGCUGUGCACAGGCGGAUCUGGAUGUGAGUCUGGGCGUGUUUACGCAGUUAGCCAAGGAGGAAGACGGGAGGGUGGAGAUGAGCUGGGCUUGGCUG